AUGACUGUUGAUUAUUCCGCCUUAGAAGAAACAGAAAGAAUCUUCUCAACAUUAAUAAAUUCCAAUCUUAUUCCAGAAGAAUUAAAAUCCAAAGCAAAGCAAAUCAAAUUCUAUAAUGAACGUAAGAACUUAAGUGUCCCAUGUCCAUUAAAACAAACCGAAAUGAUCUCCGCCUUAAAGGCCUUAGAAGCAACCGUCGCUCUCGCAAUCUCCGAAGAAAGAUAUGGUAAAACUGAAGAUCAAUGUAAGAUUGAUUUACAACAUGCUUUAUUAUUCUUAUUCUCCACUUAUUGUUCCAGUGUGAAUGGGUUUUUCAAGGGGGAUAAAUAUGAAGUUCUCAAAUAUUUGAAACAAACUGAUUUAAACCAAGCACAAAGUGAUCCAUAUCGUAGAAUGUCUGCCAAUUUAUACAGAACAAAAGAGGGAAAUAGAUAUUAUCACAUUCAUGGAUCCUUGGAAGCUUCAACUACUUUGAAUAUGAUUGGAUUACCAGCUUUUAUUCCCGGAUUUACUGAUUAUGAAGCUAUUGUGAAGAAAUACCAGGAUGUUUUGGAUGAAUAUACUUGUGAUGAAUUAGAAGCUUUGAAUACCAAAAAUAAUCAAGCUGGGGUUGAAGCUUUUAAACCAGAAGAAUUUUUACAAACUCCUCAUGGUAAGACUAUUAGUAAUACUCCUGAAUAUGAAGUUGAUACUUUAGAAACCACCACUCCUCCAGUUCCAUUUGUUCCAAGUUCUAAUAAGAAAUUAUUGGAAGGAAUUAAAGUAUUGGAAUUAUGUAGAAUUAUUGCUGGUCCUACUAUUGGGAAAAUCUUAGCUGAAUAUGGUGCCACCGUUAUCAAAGUCACCAGUGAUGAAACUUUACCAGAUGUUCCAUUCUUCCAAGUUGAUGGAAAUAUGGGUAAACAUACCACUAAUUUAAAUUUAAAGAAUGCUGAAGAUAGAAUCAAAUUCGAAGCCUUAUUAGCUGAUGCUGAUAUUGUUAUUGAUGGAUAUCGUGCCGGUGCGAUUGAAAAAUUAGGUUAUGGUCCUAAAAAAUUAGCUGAAUUAGGUAUUGCUAGAGGAAAAGGAUAUAUCUAUGGAUCUGAAAAUUGUUUUGGAUUAACUGGAGAAUGGUCUCAUCGUGCUGGUUGGCAACAAAUUGCCGAUUGUGCUUCCGGUGUAGCUUGGAUUCAAGGUCAAUCUUUGGGUAAGGAUGAACCAAUGGUUCCACCAUUCCCAAUGAGUGAUUAUGGUACUGGAUGUAUGGUUGCCAUUGCUAUUUUGGUAGCGAUUUAUAAACGUAAUAAGUAUGGUGGAAGUUAUUGGGCUAAAUCUUCAUUAGUUCAAUAUGAUUUAUUAUUAAUGAAUCAAGGUCAAUAUCCAAAAGAGAUUUGGGAAUCUCAAGUGAUUAAUAAUCCUAUUUUUGCUGAUUUCUUAAAGUUGAAUUAUUAUGAUUCAGUUGAUAGAAUUAGUAAUACUGCCUUGAGGGCUUUAUUGGUUCAACAACCUGAUAUUUUAAAGAAUGAUCAUUAUUUCACUUCAAUGGAAUCAGAAGGGUUCAAGGGAACUAUUAGAGUUUUAAGACCAGUUUGUGAGUUUGAUAAUCUUGAAUUGGGAUAUAGAUGUGUUAGUAGACCAAAUGGUUCUGAUUCUCCUGAAUGGUGGUAG